GUGAGGUAGACACAGGAGAGGAGCUGGCUGGGAAACAAUAGUUUGAAGAAGAACGAGUGUUGCGUGCAGGAUCUUUCUGGAUACAUCUGCUGCCUUUCUGCUGCCGGGAGGAAGGAGACUGCGGUGGAUCCAGACAGCGGGGGAAUGGAGCGUCCCAACGAAAAAAAAAACCCUCCUCCUCCUCUUACCUGUUUCCCUUCAGCUCAACGACCUUGAGCCCCCGCUGUACUAACAGGAAUAAGAAACAGAUAAAAUAAAGGCCACCCUCCCCCUCCCAAACCCCAUUUUUUGUUGUGGGAAACAAACACAACUACUACUGAGAAAGCAGGAAUACAAAGGAGACAUUUUUGGACGUCCUGUGAGGAGACUUUUUGGGGUGGUCCCAUCAUGAAACCGUUCAUUUAUGUUCCCCCUCCCUCAUGGCUAUUGCUGGUCCUGAUGUGCUGCCCCCUGCUGGGCAUGGUGGAGGCUGCAGGCGGAAAGAAAGCUAACGAUAACGCUAACCCCCACCUGGGAGAUUCGGACCCUGAACGCUGCAUGAGGCAUCACUUUGUGGAGACCAUCACACACCCCAUUUACAAGUGCAACUCCAAGAUGGUGCUCCUGGCUCGCUGCGAGGGUCACUGCAGCCGCUCCACACGCUCAGACCCGCUCAUCUCCUUCAGCUCGGUGCUCAAACAGCCCUUCAAGAGCACCUGCUCCUGCUGCAGACCCCACUCCUCCAAGCUGAAGGCGGUGAGGCUGCGCUGCUCCGGAGGAACAAGGAUCACAGCAACGUACAGAUACAUCCUCGCAUGCAACUGUGAGGAGUGCAGCUGAGAAACUCUCAAACCAUUCCUCUGUUGGCCUCGAGACUCAAAGCUGUCUGGAGAUCUUUGGAUUGGAAAAGAAUCAGCAGAUCGGCUCGAAACGCUAUCUUGGGAGUUUGGAUAGUGACCUAUAAAACUGACCUGAGACUCAGAACCCUCUUUACCCUCUGCAUUAUUAUCACUUUGUUGGUCUGUUUUCAUGGUGUUCGAUUGUCGAUUUGAAAAUACCAGAAGGAGCAAGUUGUGCACAGAUUGAACUACAAAACUAAUCAGUCCAAUAUAUAAAUCGGGGAAUCGACGGCGGUUUGGAUACCAGAGAAACACAUCCUUUACUCAAGUAGAAGUACAGAUACUCGUGUUUAAAAAUACUCUGGUAAAAGUAGA